UUGAUUAUUCCUUGUUCUGCUCUAAUUUAUCUCUUGCUUAAUAAAAUACUGAUUAUACUAUGAAAGCGAAAGCGAUUGUUUGUGUUCAAAUAUUGAACGAAUAGAUUAUUUGUCUAAUUGAAAAACAGCAGAAGUGAAUUAUCCUGAGUGUUUUAUAUAAAGGACAUAUGAAUUUUGAUCGGAGAUUUUGCCAAGCAUCCAUUAAAUUUGAAAACAAAUACUAACAAUGGCUAAGGGAUUAUUCCAAGGUGCUAUCAAAUCCAGAGCUCUGUAUAAAAUUUACGGAAAUCAGUAUGGCUAUUCCAGUAGAAUACAUUCCAUACAUAAACAAAAACCUGAAAGAUUUUUAAAUAGGAAUUUUUCAACUUCGAACCCAGAAACUAGAGGAAUAGCAGCAGAAAAAUUGACCAUUGGUGUCCCCAAAGAAAUUUGGAAGAAUGAAAGAAGAGUGGCCCUUACACCUUCAGCAGCUGCUACACUCAUCAAAAAAGGAUUCACUAUCAAUGUAGAAGAAAACGCAGGAGUUGGUGCGACCUUCAGAAAUCAAGAUUACCAAGGUGUUGGGUGCAAUAUUAAAGAUAGUUCAGCUGCAUUUAACUCAGAUAUUGUUUUGAAAGUGCGACAGCCACUAGAAAAUGAAAUCGAAAAAUUCAAAGAAUAUUCAACGCUUAUAUCAUUCCUUUACCCUGGAAAUAACACAUCCUUGGUUAACCAACUGGCGGAAAAGAAAAUAACAGCGUUUGCUAUGGACUGCAUUCCUCGUAUCACUAGGGCACAAGUUUUCGAUGCUUUGAGUUCCAUGGCCAAUAUUUCUGGAUAUAGGGCAGUUGUAGAAGCGGCAAAUCAUUUUCCAAGAUUUUUCUCAGGACAAAUCACAGCUGCAGGUAAAGUACCGCCUGCAAAAGUACUCAUCAUUGGCGGAGGAGUUGCUGGUUUAGCAGCAGCUGGUCAAGCCAAAGCUAUGGGUGCAAUAGUCAGAGCUUUUGACACGAGAUCAGCUGUUAAAGAACAAAUAGAAUCGAUGGGCGCUGAAUUUCUUACCAUCAACAUCAAAGAAGAAGGUGGUACUGCUGCUGGAUACAGUAAAGAAAUGUCCAAAGCAUUCAUUGAUGCUGAGCACGCUCUAUUCGCAAAGCAAUGUAAGGAAGUUGACAUCAUAAUAUCUACAGCUUUAAUUCCAGGAAAGAAGGCCCCACUUUUGAUUUUGAAAGAACAUAUACUAUCCAUGAAACCAGGUAGUGUCGUCGUGGAUCUAGCUGCAGAAGCUGGCGGUAACAUUGAAACAACAAAACCAGGAGAAAUCUACGACUUCAACGGCGUUACCCACAUAGGACUAACAGAUUUGGCUAGUAGAUUACCCACUCAGAGCUCUACUUUGUACGCCAACAAUGUAUCCAAAUUUUUCUUGUCGAUGUGCGAAAAAGAUCAUUUCAACGUGAACUUAGAAGACGACGUUGUCAGGGGUAGUAUAGUAUUGCAUGAGGGAAAACUGCUGUGGCCGGCUCCUCCCCUAGCUGUGACUUCAACUCCGCCUCCUUCGGUACCAAAACCCAAAACGGCAAAACUCAAAGAAGAGCAAAAUCAAAACCCUCUCUUGGCCAAAGUUCAAGAAUCUCUUAUUUGCACUUCAGGUGUUGGAACCCUCCUCGGUUUGGGAGUUGUAUCACCGAACGCAGCAUUCACAUCUAUGUUGACCACCUUUGGCUUGUCUGGAAUCGUAGGAUACCAUACAGUGUGGGGCGUUACACCAGCUCUACAUUCUCCUCUUAUGUCUGUAACUAAUGCCAUCUCUGGAAUAACUGCUGUUGGCGGUAUCCUCUUGAUGAACGGAGGAUACUAUCCCACCAAUUCAGUAGAGGCCUUGGCUGCUUCUGCCGCAUUCAUCUCCUUCAUCAACAUAUCCGGAGGAUUCUUGGUCACCAAGCGGAUGCUUGACAUGUUCAAGAGACCAGGAGAUCCAAAAGAAUACAAUUACCUGUACGGUAUACCUGCUGCAGCAUUUUUAGGAGGUUAUGGUUACGCCGCACUUUCAGGAUUACCAGAAAUCCAUCAAGCAGCCUACUUGGCGGCAUCCUUAUGUUGCGUUGGAGCUUUAGCUGGUCUCAGCUCUCAGAAGACAGCCAGAUGGGGAAAUAAUAUCGGAAUGAUUGGUGUAGCUGGUGGUAUAGCUGCAACUCUAGGCCAAUUGGAUCUCACACCUGAAGUAUUAGCCCAAAUUGCAGGUUGUGCCGUAGGAGGAGGAGCUUUAGGAGCACUUAUAGCGAAAAAAAUCGAAAUUACUGAUCUACCUCAAUUGGUAGCUGCAUUCCACAGUCUAGUCGGUCUGGCAGCAGUACUAACGUGUGGAGCUACCUUCCUUCAUGAUUUCCCAACAUUCGAAACCGACCCAGCUGCUAAUGUUGUAAAAACAGCUUUGUUCCUUGGAACGUACAUCGGCGGUGUAACAUUCAGUGGUUCUCUUGUAGCUUAUGGAAAACUCCAGGGUCUUCUCAAUUCAUCUCCAUUACUUCUACCAGGAAGACACGCUUUGAACAGCGCUAUGCUGUUGGGAAGCUUAGGAGCUGGAGGUUACCUCUUCUACGACCCUACUCUUGCAGGUGGUUUGGGCGCUCUUGGUACAACAGCUGCUCUUUCAGCUGCUAUGGGAGUUACCUUGACUUCAGCAAUUGGAGGUGCUGAUAUGCCAGUAGUCAUAACUGUCUUGAACAGUUACUCUGGCUGGGCUCUAUGCGCGGAAGGCUUCAUGUUGAAUAAUAAUCUGAUGACCAUUGUUGGUGCUCUGAUUGGAUCUUCCGGAGCUAUUCUUUCAUAUAUUAUGUGCAAGGCCAUGAAUCGUUCUUUGCCGAAUGUUAUUCUCGGUGGUUAUGGUACCUCGAGUACCGGGGGUGGAAAGCCGAUGGAAAUCACUGGAACCCACACUGAAGUCAGUGUAGAUGGAGCUGUAGAAGCCAUAAGAAACGCGAAAAAUGUCAUUAUUGUACCUGGUUAUGGUCUUUGCGUGGCUAAGGCUCAGUACCCGAUUGCCGAAAUGGUUAACACGUUGAAGAGUCAGGGCAAAAAUGUCAGAUUCGCUAUACAUCCUGUGGCAGGUCGUAUGCCAGGACAAUUGAACGUGCUCCUUGCAGAAGCUGGAGUUCCUUACGACGACGUAUUCGAGAUGGAAGAAAUCAAUGAUGAUUUCCCAUCUACUGACUUGGUUCUAGUCAUAGGCGCUAAUGACACUGUUAACAGUGCUGCAGAAGACGAUCCCAAUUCUGCCAUCGCAGGCAUGCCUGUACUGAAAGUAUGGAACUCUGAACACGUGAUCGUGAUGAAGAGAUCCCUAGGAGUGGGUUAUGCUGCAGUGGACAACCCUGUAUUCUACAAACCUAAUACCUCUAUGUUGCUGGGAGAUGCCAAGAAGACUUGUGAUCAGCUCUUGGCCAAGAUAAAGGAAGCAAGCGAGGACUAGAUUUAGGACGAUGAGGAUUUUCAAGACUGAAACUCUUAGUUAGGUUCAGAGCUGUUUAUUAUUAUAUAUUAAGAAGAUAAUAUUUUCGAAGCGUUAUAGACUGCCAUUGUAUUUUAUCGUUGAUAAGGUCGAUUUUAUACAAAUUUUAAGGAGUAAUUUUCUACGAAUGUUUUAUGGUGUUUAGAAGUUUAUGACGUGUUCUGUGAUUUUCAAAUUUUAGCACGUAUAUUGAUGUGUUGCAAUUAUUUAGUUUAAAGUUUAUCUACAGAGAAUUUGUCCUAUUAAUAAGUUGCUUCUCGAUGAUGGCUUCAUUCAUUAUUAGCAGUGUUCACCGCAAUUAGAAUUCUGUAGAAAGGCACGUUUUAUGGUGUGAAAAAUUCCUACAAGUUGCUGUAAUUAAUAGGCAAUGUUGCCUACACACAAAACGAAGUUGACGAAUCUCAUUAUUUCUAAUUGAUUGAAAUAUAAAAAAUUGUUCAACUAUACUCAGUUUCAGACUUGAGUAAAUAAAUUCAUACCUAGUAGAAUUUACAAGUUUUUGUUUAGUUUUUCAUUAAAAUAAAUAUUGAAAUCGAGUUUCAUCACAUCCAUAUUUUCAAUGAAAAAAAAUUUCGAUUUUAAUAGCACAAUAAGGCAUGUGAUACCAAUUUUAAGCUAUUCACAAUCAGUUUUGCAUUUGAUACGUAUUUUCUUUUAACAGUAGGUAUAUUUCCUUCAUUAAUUCUACUAUAAUUGGCUUACCUACAUCAUUUAUUUUUCCCUUGUGUAAAUAUAUUAGACAACCAGUAUUUUGGUUGAAAUUUCAUGGCUAAUAGAGAUAGCUAUGAAUUAGAAUUGAACUUACAAAUUAGAAAUUGUGAUAUUCUUAUUUCAAACUGGUUAAAAUUAUUGAAUCAAUAAAAAUCUUAUUUUUUUUAGAUAUUAUUCGUAUAUAUCUAGCAUAGUUGUUCAAUUGUUGAUUUCCAUGUAGUUUAAUUUUUUUUCAAUGUAAAAUCCAAAAGUUGAUAAUAAUUCAAUUCACCAAUUUAUCCUUAAUGUUCCAAAGAAAUAUGUUUUCUUCAUGUGCACUUUUUUGAUAACUUGGUAAUUUGUAUAGGUAGUUGUUCAAAAACAUAUUGAAAGUUAUUUGAUUUUAUUCAUUUCAUACAUGAAUAUGAAGUUAUUUGGGAAUUAUCAUGACUGCAUAGUAUUCCAAAAAGACAUAGGUAUUCAAUUAUAAAAAAUGUUAAUACGAAUAGGUAAUUAUUUACCAUUGUAUAUGUAUUUGCUUGAAAUCAUUUUAGAAUAGAUUCUCCUAAUGUGAAAGUAUUAUACAUACUUUUUUUAGCAGUCCUAGAUUACUCUACUAUCGAUAAAGUUUAAAGGUUAUUUUAUUGAUCAAAUAUUUAAUUUUUACCUAUUAGAUUUUAGCUUAUUCUAUGCAAUGCUUUGUUAAAUAAUUAACUCACCUUCGUUUGCACUAGAAUUGAAUAUUUUGUUCCAAAUACUAGCUCUAUCUUUCUUCUCGUCGAUUGUUUGUAUCCAUAUUGAAAUUUAUCCAACUAUGUUGGUAUAUUAUAAAAUGAAUUGAAGUGAAUAUUAAAAAAUAUAAAUUGAAAUUUCA